AUCUCGAUGAACCCUCCGUCCCCCACCUCCGCAGCAUUUCCGGGUCAAAUGUGAAGUUACCAGGCAAGGCGGCGUUGUUUAUUGAAAUCAACUAUUCCAGAGAAAAUGGACGGUAAUCCCGGUUUCGACAUAUCUGUACCAAAUCCCAAGGCGACGUACGUACUUAGUAACGUCGUGGAGGUCGUCGAACGAAUUCUUACCUUCGUACCGACAAAGUCUCUUCUCCGAAUCGCAAGUGUGUGCAGGCUCUGGAGCAACUGUGCCCGCAGAGUGCUGAGAACGCAGCAGCAGCUGACAUGGGUGUCGGCCUGUGGGCCGUCCACCACGGAAGUGCAUGCUCUCUGCAGCACCUUGGCUGACGAGGUGGAGAAAGUGUUUCUCCUCCCCAAAACGGUCUUGGUGAUGAUGGACUGCGAGACCUUCAAGCUUCCAGGUUACUGUCACAGACAGAAGAAAACAAAGAGGAGCCGUCACAGUCCAGUUGAAGAACUCACUGAGGUCUUCCCAAAGAAUUGUGACAUCAUGGGCAUUGCAACACCGGGCAUUGUCUUAACACCCAGUGGCUCUCGCUCCAGGCCCCCAGAGGAGCAUCAGGAGGGAGAGGCCGGCUUCGCUAUCAUGUUCCCAAGCAUUGAGGGCGUCCACAUCAGGCCUUUUCACUUUUGCCAGAAGUCCUUCUCCCCAAGCGCUCUGAAAGAAGCGGGACUAAUCGACAACCCAGAGUUGCGAGUGGUGCUCCUGUUUGUGUACGAGGCAUAUAAAGCUGGAGGGGCGCGCUUCCUCGGGCAAAUUUUGGACACCCUGGCCAAGAGCAAAGCUGUGAUCGCUGGCGGAUUGGUCGAAAAUGUAUUUCCCUCCAACCUCUGCUGUAGCAGGGGUGCGUACGGCGUGGUGGGCCUGGCCGUGAGUGGGCCCAAAGUGCAGGGUGCCUCGGUGCUCUUGGACCAGGACGUCAGCAGCCCCAAGUCGGCCGAAGCCACCAUUCGCAGGUUGAAAGCAGCCAAAAUCCCAGAGAGGAACACCCUGGGCUUUAUGUUCGCGUGCGUGGGCCGAGGCCAGAAUUACUACAACAACCAGAGGAACGUGGAGGCCGACGCCUUCCAAAAGGUCUUCCCCGGCUUGCCUCUCUUUGGCCUUUUCGGCAACGGCGAGAUCGGUUGCGACCGCAUCGUCAAAGACGACUACACGCUGUGUGACGCAGACACGGACUGUCUGCAGCACGAGUACACCACUGUCAUGACGCUGGUCCAUCUGGGUUGACGGAUCAACAACCAAGAUUUGACCUUGCUGGAAGACAUCUGAGUUAGCUCUUCAGCUGCCAUUUUAAUGGCAACCGCUGGGACUCCUUAGUGUCUCUAUUAACAGUUACAAUCGGAUCGUAUGGAAAAUCUCUUCACAAGCGUCCCGCUGAGAUGUAGCAAGCAGUCUUGUAAAAUGUGUAAAUAUUUUUGCCCAAACAUUUGAGGCAGAUUUUUGGUCACCUUACAGGGUUUUCGCUUAAACAAACGAAACGAGUUAUUGUUCAAGAGGUUCUGAUCUAGCUAAGGCACUUUUUCUUCCUGUAUGAGGGAUGUCACCUUCUUUUCGCUAAGCCAAUGCAGUUUUGUUACAUUAUGUGAAGAAAUGUACUGGGUUGCCUGACCAUUACGCCUACAGGAAUUUCUUUGUAGUUAACAUCCUGACUGGCUUUUAUGUAGUCGGAGUCCCGUUCUAGAACUGCCAAGAAAAGAAAUACUGACAUAUUUCUGUCUUUCUCCACCCCCAACUUACUACCUACCAUUCAUACUGAAUGCCAACCAAAUCAAAAUAGCAAUUUUUUCCCCCAUUCUCUGAGGAAGUUACAGAUAGACGUCGCCCGUGUACUCCCCAGUGGUGAUACCCUGUUUUGUGAAAAUGUCACUUAGUGACACGCAGCUUUUAAAUAUCAAUCCAGAUGCUUGAGCUGAGUUCUGUAUAAAUGCCUGAUCGACCAUCGUUAUGGCUCUGAUGUGGUAAAAUGAGCCUACUGGUGUUGUACCAAGCUCACAAUCUCCAUUUUUUUAUCUGAGCCUUCGGUUUCUUUUUCCAAGUCAUCCAAGCAUGCCUUUCAAGGACUGGAAUUAAAAAAAAUCCCCCCCCCCCCCAUUGCUACCACAAAGUUGGGUGCAGAGUUAUAUUGACAAAUACUGGAAAUAAUACUUUUUACCAUUCAGUGUCCUUCUGAGGCAACAUCCCCUUUUCCAAUUUUGGGGUUUGAUUGACACCUUUAUCUGGCAGUGUUAAGGCUUGUGACCCCCCCCCCCCCACACACACACACACACACAAAUAUUUGUGGAAACAGAAAAAAAAAACGAUGCUCACGUUCCUUAUGUCAUAACGGUGCAAUAUCCAUAUUGUCGCGUUGUUGCGUCAGUAUUGGUUAGCUGCUGCUGUCUUUGAAGAGUUCAAAUGUUUUUAUUUUGCUUAUGAUUACUGUAAUACCCCCAGAUACUUCAAUUAGGGAGCUGUUGAGCUCUAAUGCAAAGGUUGUAAAAAAUGUCUAGUGGUAGGCAACGAACAGCCCAAGGCAAAUACUUCCACUGUGCAAUUCUCACGCAAAUAAAACAGGAACUGUUAAAAUCCAAAAUACCUUUAAACCCACACAUAAUCAUCAUACAUAAAAUAUAUAAAGCUAUUGUAUUACUGUACAUCUAAACGGAUGACCACUGCUUUCUCGGUUGAAAAUGUUCUGUAUUAGCUUUUGUUAUUAGUUAUUUUCAUCUGGGUGCACUUUUUCUACACGAUGUGCCAAAAUCAUCUGCUUAAAUCUGCCCUCAAAUAAACGACGAGCUAAGACAAAAAUGAA